AUGCAUGCCCUCGACAUCCUAUACCGGCGUGACGACAAGCAACUGGCCGCGUACAGAGCUGCCUGUACACUGAAAACAUGCCCCAUCAAGGAGUCCUACUAUGCAUACCGCCCAUCGCUCUCCACCAACGCUGCUUUCCUCGCCCUCUUCUCCUUCUCACUAUGCUGUUUCAUUCUGCAAGCAGCCCUCUCGCGGCGCUUCGUCGGCUGCACAAUUGCUAUGGUCAGCGGGUGCAUCCUUGAAGUGCUGGGCUACACUGGCAGAAUAAUGAGCUGGUAUAAUCCCUUCAAUCAGAACGGUUUCCUGAUGCAAAUCGUUUGCCUAACCAUCGCCCCUGCCUUCUUAGCAGCAGGAAUCUACCUCACUCUCUCGCGCAUCGUCAUUACCUUCGGCCCCGAAAACUCACACAUCAAACCUCUCUCUUACCCACGCAUCUUCAUUCCUUGCGACGUCAUCUCUCUUCUGCUCCAAGCGAUCGGUGGCGGCAUGGCAUCGGUGGCCAGUCACCAGGACAAGAGCCCCAAUACCGGCGAUCACAUCAUGGUUGCGGGGUUGGCGUUUCAAGUCGUCACGUUGCUGAUGUUUCAGCUGUUGUGUUUGGAUUUCAUGAUCAAGACGUUGAGGAGGAUGAGGACUAUGGGCGAGGCGGCGUUGGAUCCGAAGCACGCGCUCUUGAGAGGCAGUACCAAGUUUCGAGCCUUUCUGGUCGCGCUGGGGCUAGCGACAUUCUGCAUCUUCAUAAGAUCGAUUUACCGGGUUGCUGAAUUGAGCGAGGGGUGGACGGGUGCUUUGAUCGAAAAUCAACAUCUUUUCAUCGGGUUUGAAGGGGCGAUGGUUGUCGUGGCGGUUUUGGUUUUGAAUAUAUUCCACCCGGGAUACUGCUUCAGGGAAGGGUAUGUGCAGAAGAAGUACAAGAACCUCUUCCGGAAGAAGGGAAGGAGGAGGAGGAGGAGUGCGGACGUUCGAGAUGAGAAGGCCAGUCCGGUUCGAGACGGGUCGUCUGGAGCAGCCACGCCUGUUCAGGAGGUCGCCGAGAACGGGAUUUGA